UAUUAAUAUUUUUUCUCUUUAUAAAUCAAAAUGGUUACCAAUACUCAAGUUAUUUUUUCCAAGGUUCCUACUACCUAUCCUGUUGUAGGUGAACAUGUCACUGUCAAAAAAUCUGAAUUCGAUCUUGAUGCUCCUCUUGCCGAAGGUGAAUUCAUUUUGAAAACUUUGGUUCUCAGUGUUGACCCUUAUAUGCGUGGUCGUAUGCGUGAUGCUUCUACCAAGAGCUACUCUCCUCCUUUCCUUAUUGAUCAACCUAUGAAUGGUCAUACCAUGAAACAAGUGGUUAAAUCCAACAAUGCUGACUUUAAAGUGGGUGAUCUUGUCUAUGGCAUGGGUAACUUUGAAGAGUAUUCAAAGGUCAAUGCUGCUAUUGCCAAGGCUCUUGGAUUAAAAGUGCGUAACGAUCCCAAGACAAAUGGUAUUCCCAUCUCAAAUUAUAUUGGUAUUCUUGGCAUGCCUGGUAUGACUGCUUACGUUGGUUUGUACAAGAUCGGUGAAAUCAAGAAAGGUGAAACUAUUUACAUUUCUGCUGCCUCCGGUGCUGUUGGUCAGGUGGCAGGUCAAAUUGCCAAGGCUCAAGGUUUGCGUGUGGUUGGAUCUGCAGGUUCUGACGAAAAAGUUGCCUAUCUCAAGGAAAUUGGUUUUGAUGCUGCAUUCAACUACAAGACUGAAGAUAUUGAUGCCAAGCUCUCUGAAUACUGUCCUAAUGGUAUUGAUGUGUACUUUGAAAACGUUGGUGGCAAGAUGUUGGAAAUUGUAUUGACCAAGUUGAAUCCUUUCUCAAGAAUCAUCGCUUGUGGUAUGAUUAGUCAAUAUAACUUGGAAAAGCCUGAACCUGUACAUAAUCUGGUGAACAUUGUCGCUAAGCGUAUCAAGUUCCAGGGUUUCAUUGUCUCUGAUUAUCCCGAAGUUGAACCUGAAUUCUUCAAGACUGUCACUCAAUUAAUUCUCGACAAUAAGAUCAGAUAUCAAGAAUCUUUUGCUGAAGGUAUUGAAAAAACUCCUGAAGCUUUAUUGGAUGUGUUGAAAGGCAAUAACUUUGGUAAGCAAGUCGUCAAUGUUGCCUCAUUAUAAGUAAAAAAAAAUAUGUUUGUAUGUUAGUUUAGUCUUUUUUUAUAUUUAUCUUUGAAAUAAAAAAAUGAAUUUUGUAUAUUUUU